CAAAGUUGGAGCUCUCCUAGGUGGGAGGGAGUGGGGAGGAGGGAGGUCAAUGACGUCACUCCAGAGUUGGGAUAAAGCUCCCCCGCCUCGGUCGGGGUGAGGACGCUGCCGGGGAGCGGAGUGGGCUGCUGGGGACACUCGCGGUGGGCAGGGCCCCCCUCGCUGCGCAGCACUUGCAGGGAGCCAGGCACCCCCGCCGGAGGAAGGCCGCACCAGGAGGUACCAUGCCCCAGAACGUGGUCCUCCCGGGCCCUGCGCCCUGGGGCUUCCGACUCUCGGGGGGCAUAGACUUCAACCAGCCUUUGAUCAUCACCAGGAUUACUCCAGGAAGCAAGGCGGCAGCUGCCAACCUGUGUCCUGGCGAUGUCAUCCUGGCUAUCGAUGGCUUUGGUACAGAGUCCAUGACUCAUGCAGAUGCACAGGACAGGAUUAAAGCAGCAGCACACCAGCUGUGCCUCAAAAUUGACAGGGCGGAAACCCGCUUAUGGUCUCCACAGGUAUCUGAAGAAGGGAGAGCUCAUCCUUUCAAAAUCAACCUAGAAUCAGAACCACAGGAUGUGAACUACUUUGAACACAAGCACAAUAUUCGGCCCAAACCUUUCAUAAUCCCAGGCCGAAGCAGUGGCUGCAGUACUCCCUCCGGUAUUGAUGGUGGCAGUGGACGUAGCACCCCUUCUUGUGCCAGUACUGUUAGUACUAUUUGCCCAGGUGACUUGAAAGUUGCUGCUAAGAUGGCCCCUAACAUUCCUUUGGAAAUGGAACUUCCCGGUGUGAAGAUUGUACAUGCUCAGUUUAACACACCUAUGCAGUUGUACUCAGAUGACAAUAUUAUGGAAACACUGCAGGGUCAGGUUUCCACAGCGCUAGGGGAAACACCCACCAUGAGCGAAUCUGCAGCCUCAGUGCCGCCCCAGUCGGACGUGUACCGGAUGCUCCAUGACAAUCGGGAUGAGCCCACACAGCCUCGCCAGUCAGGCUCCUUCCGAGUGCUCCAGGAGUUGGUGAACGACGGCCCUGAUGACCGUCCUGCAGGCACUCGGAGUGUGAGAGCUCCCGUUACAAAACCCUAUGGAGGUGCUGGCGGCGCCCAGAAGAUGCCGCUCUGUGACAAAUGUGGCAGUGGCAUUGUCGGUGCGGUAGUGAAGGCGCGGGAUAAGUACCGGCAUCCGGAGUGCUUCGUGUGCGCUGACUGCAACCUCAACCUCAAACAAAAGGGCUACUUCUUCGUGGAGGGGGAGCUGUACUGUGAGACUCACGCCAGAGCCCGCACGAGACCCCCCGAGGGCUAUGACACGGUCACUCUGUACCCCAAAGCUUAAGGCUUAGCAGGAGACAGCACAGUGCAGUCCCCUACCCACGCGCAUUUACCCAGGAAGACGCUAAGGGCUUUGGGUAGAAGGAUCCCAAACUGUGGGCUUUUUUAGACAUUUGUCUAUGUUGUGUAUGGAGGAAAAGGAACGGGAGGCAGAUAAAUGCCUGGUCUAGGAAAAGCAUACGUUUUUGCCAUGUUUUGCAACUCUGUGUCUUUGGGGCUAGCAAUAAUGACAUUUAAAGCAAUAACUUUUUGUGUAUGUCAUACUUCACAAUUUACAUUUCUCUUAUGACCAUCAGCUAUGCAAACAUCAGGAUACUUGGGGGAAACCGAUCGUCUUACUUGACAAGUUGAUUGUGCAACUGUAGUCAACACUAAAUAACAAUAUUGUGUUUUACCAUA